GGCUGUUCCGGUUGGAGUUUUUUUAACCCCCCGGUGUCCGUUAGAGUUUUUCGCCCUAACCAUUUCAUUAGGGUUUCGAAACUAGAACCACGAGAUCUUCCAAGAUCCGAGAUCCAGGCAACGGGCAAGAGGUCGAGGGUCAAAGGAUCCGGACUACAAGAUGACAAGUUUGAACGGCAGUGGCCUUGGCAGCCGCGGCAGCGCUCGGUUGUGCGGCGGUGGGCUGGACGAUGCUGUCCACUCAGGCUCAAGAGAAGAAGAAGAAGAAGCGUCCUUUGAAUGAAAUGUUUGUACGAUAUCCACUCCACAAGGCACAUGUCCAACUGUCAACUGGCGAGAGUGUGACGGUUCCGUAUCAUGUCUACAAUGGAUGGGCAUCGGCAGUGAUUGGAUGUUGUGAUUUGGAACAAGCCAGGAAAGUUUGUGAACAGGAAGACUAUCAACCCGUGGAGACGGACAGCGGCAAAGCUUUGGGCAUGAUUUCCUUUUGGGAGUUUGGAGAUGCCAAUGCAGGUCCACACACGGAAUUCCAAUUCACGCUCUUGGUGUCGACCAAAGAUGACCCCAUCGUGGUGAUCCCCGAGACUCCCUUUGCCACCUCAAAAGCCAUGGCGUUGGAUCCCCGUGUCCAUUGCAUGAUUGCCGAACUCUACAACAAUACCAGCACCGUUGUGGCAUACAACAAUGAGAUCUUUGCCCUCAAUGCCAUCCUCGCCAAUACCCACUACAGUCGUGAUCAGAAUACGUUUCAAGUGGAAACUGCGGACGGAAAGUUGAUUGCCAAGGCCAAUUUUGGGGCGUCUCGUCGUCUCCAAGAUGAUCUGUCAGCCGUACUAUCCAUGCUAUGGCACUUUGGAUACAAGAACCUGUCCAAACUACUGGAGGCUCCUUACGCCGUGGCUCAAAUGACCUCUCGUUGCCAUGGUACACCACCCAGCAAACUCAGCAGCAACGUUACAUCAUUGGCAUGCACCAAAAUCGAAAAAAUCAUUACCCAAUGGUACGAUCCUCAACGCCACCAACUGGAACUGGGAACCGCGUCUCAUACGUUGCACAAAAUGCAAUUCAACCCGACUGUCGUAUUCCAUUACGAAGGCAUUGAUUUCUGCUAUCUCUGUCCUAUCGAUGCUCCAAGGACUUUUUGAAGCCCAACAACAGAGGAGGUUUCCUUUUGUCUUGCAGAAUGAUUGAAUCAGUUGUUUUUGCUGAUGCUGGAAGUCGGAGAUGGUCGAAGGGACGAUGAAGUCUUGAAUGGAAGAGAAAGAAGAUGAGUUUUGAACGGGAAAGAGAAAACUUCAUGCGGGACAAUCAAGAAUGGACGGAUCACGGACACAUCUUCCUCAUUUUUGUCCGAUCUGUGCCCAGAAUGUGCCAGUUGCGGGGAAUUGGGCUUUGGAGAAAUUGCUUUUGGGCGAACUGCUGGUUUAGGUCAAUAUUCCACUUUGAGCCAUGCAUAAUUGCAGUAUUUUUUCAGAUUCCUACAUUCUUCCAGAUUCGUCACCUGGUACAUGUACUAGUACAUCUACUACGUUAUUUUACGUACCGGUACGGUAGCCUUACAGUUGG